UAUACGCACUUCAAUUCCCUUGAAGUAUAUUGUGUUUAGCGUCGGUUACCUGGAGUUGAGGGGGCCCUGCUGGUUAGUUCUCUUUGUGGUAGACAGGUGAUCGACGACGAAAACCAACAAAACACAAACCUCCAUUCGUCUUUCUCCUUAACCAGUCUCAUCAAACUCACUGUUUCUGCAUGUGCUUGAAUCACGAUAUAGCUCUUCAUCUAUGAUCUAUCAAUUCUCGGGGUUCAAAAUUAUAUGCAGUUGUUACGGUACUACAAGUAGUUCAAAUAAUCCAUACAUUUUGUGCUAUCGAUCUACAGUACCAUCCCAGCCAGGAAGCCAUCAUGUCCGUCAUGUCUUCUCUUUUUUUCAUCCUUCUGUGUUUUUCUUCCAUGCAUGCGAAUUCUGAGGCUCGCUACAUUGGUCUUGGCCGCAGCAAUAAGGGCUUUCGCGCACUGUUCCGUUAUCCGGACAAGGGCCACUUUCUAGUUGUGGAAAAGUUCAGGCUUGGAAUGGAUUCGAGUACUAAGGGGUUAGUGAUAGUUCAGCGAGAUGAUGAUCUAGCUGCUGAACAGAAGGGUACUCAUGGUGGAGCCGUUUUCAGCAGUAGUGCCACCACCACUACUACUAAAGGUAUGAAGGAUUACUCAAGAACUAGUAGUACUACAAAAUCGGAUGUUGUUCCAGAUGUUAAGCCUCAUGUUUCAGCUUCUUGGUCUGUGGCGCACAAGAUUGAAAGUCGCGACAAGAUCACCAACCAUGGUGACAAAAGUAGUAGUAACCCUGGGCUUUACUCCGAUUAUUCAAGACCAAGAACACGUCCUCCCUCCCACAACUGAACUCCUAUAGCUCGUUUUCAAUUACCUUAUCCCUAGCUAGAUCAUUACUUGUUUCCUUUUUUAAGUUAUAUAUACAGUAUAUAUGCGUGUUUUAAGGAGUCUAAAACAUUUAUCUGAUCCAUCUCUCUGAUCAGGAAUCAGCUGUACGUGUAUAAUGAUAGCUCGCUAUUGCUAGCUGCUCAAUUGAACAUAAUGGUUCCC